CCCCUUUUUUGGACCACCCUUUUGCUGGAUGCUGAAUCUUGUUACUGAUUUUCUCUCUUCUUGAAAUAUUGUGGUCAUUUUUCUUCCAAGAUCAGUUUUUUCCCUUUUUUGGACCUACCCUUUAGCUAAAUGAUGAAUUUUGUUGUUGAUUUUUUCUAUUCUUGAAAUAUUGUGGUCAUUUUUCUUCCAAGAUCAGAUUUUUUUUUUUUUUUAUCGUUUUUGGACCUACCCUUUUGCUGUAUGCUAAAUUUUGUUGCUGAUUUUCUCUAUUCUUGAUAUAUUGUGGACAUUUUUCUUCCAAGAUCAGAUUUUUUUCGUUUUUCAUGAUACCCAUGUGCUGGUUAUUGAAUUUGACUUUUUUAUUUUUUUGGGUGUGAUCUGGCAAUGAGGAUAAGAAUGUGGUGCAAUCACAAGUUGUAGGCUGAUUUUUUUUUGUUUGAUUGAUUGUAUGGUGUCUGUAGAUUUCUGGAUUGUUUUCAGAUGGUGACCUUCCCAACUAUCUCAUUAAUCUUUUCUGUAGAUUUUGAGAUUUCAGAAGUGGCACCUGAUAUAUUUAGAAAUUGCUUUCAAGGACAUCUUUUUCCUUUUCUUUAUAUCUUGCUGUCAAAUGUCAAAGCCCUUCCUGGAUCCCAUUUGAUGAUUCUUGCCUAUCACAAUCUAUUGAGCAAUUUUAUUUUUUUUUGGUUACUAUCUGUCAGAAGCUAUAUAUAUAGCUCAUUUUUCCUCAAUCUUUUCUCAUAUUGACUAUUAAUCCUCUGGCUAAAAAUAUGGUUCAUUGCCAGCAUUAUUGUGAAGUGAGUAAAGAAGAAUUGUUUCCUCCGGGAGAAAUGAUGGAGAAGAAGCAGAAUAAGUUUCUUACUGUGGCACCGUUCGAGUGUGCCUGGCCUAAUGAUCUGAGAUUUAGAGAAGCUGGAAGAGGUUGUGUAGCUUUUGAUGCUUUUGCGCAUAAUGAUGUAACAGUCGUUUUCCGGGAGCAGGUAGGGAGUCAGCACUAUCACUACAAAAGGGAUAACUGUCCACACUAUACUGUAAUCAUUGGUAGUCAUAGGAACAAGAGAUUGAAAAUCGAGGUUGAUGGAAAAACGGUGGUGGACGCCGCUGGUGUUGGUCUUUGUUGUUCUUCAGCAUUUCAAAGCUACUGGAUUAGUAUCUAUGAUGGAUUGAUUAGCAUUGGCAAGGGAAGGUAUCCUUUUCAGAAUCUUUGCUUUCAGUGGCUUGAUUCAAAUCCCAAUUGCACCGUUCAGUACGUUGGUCUUAGCAGUUGGGAUAAACAUGUUGGCUACAGGAAUGUUAAUGUACUACCUGUCACACCAAAUCAUUUAUCUCUGUGGAAACAUGUGGACUAUGUUGAGCAUGAUUUAGGAGAGGAUGAUUUAGAACAAGAGUUAGAAAAUGGAAUUGCUAAUUAUGAAAGUUGGGGUCUCGGAAAGUUUCUUGAGAAUUGGGAGUUAUCGGAUAUGUUUUUCAUUGUUGGAAAGGAAGAAAGGGUUGUUCCAGCUCAUAAGUUAGUUUUAGAAGCAUGUGGAAAUUUUGGUCUUGGUUCAUCAGUUGAAGAAGUUGUUCACCUGCCAGACAUGAGUUAUUCUGUUCUUCAUGCACUUCUUCAGUACAUCUACACUGGACAUACUCAGAUUUUGGAGUCUGAUCUCUGCUCAUUGAAGUCUUUGAGCUUACAAUACAAAGUGAUGUCAUUGGUGAAGCAAUGUGAAGAGAUCCUUGAGCGAAUUAUUUCUAAUAAGCAACUCGUUGACUCAGCUCAGCUUGUAGACAUAUUUUAUCCAAGCUGGCUCCAAUGCAGCAAAACUUUUCCGUAUGGGUUGCCAAUUGAUAGAGAAAGGCUUGAACGCUUCCUCUCGACUGGAGAGUACAGUGAUCUAGACAUUUAUGUUGGAGUUCAUGAUAUUGCUUUGCGAUCACAUAAGGUGAUCCUUGGGUCAUGGAGUACUCCUUUCACAAAGAUGUUUACAAAUGGAAUGAGGGAGAGUGUUUCUUCAAUGAUCUGCUUAAAAGAUGUUCCUCUUGAAGCAUUCAAGAUUAUGCUAGAAUUCAUGUAUAGCGGAGAACUUAAUAAAGAAGCUACUGCGGGAAUUAAUACCUUGUUACUUCAGCUACUUUUACUAGCCGAUGAGUUUGGGGUGACACUUCUUCAUCAGGAGUGCUGCAAAAUACUUCUGGAGUGCCUCUCAGAGGACUCAGUAUGCCCAAUUCUUCAAGUGAUAUCAUCUGUUCCCUCAUGUAAACUCAUCGAAGAAACCUGUGAGAGGAUAUUCUCCAUGCACUUUGAUUAUUGUACAACUGCAAGCAUCGACUUUGUCGUGUUAGAUGAAUCAAGUUUUAGCAAUAUCCUUCAGCAUACAGAUUUGACGGUGACAUCUGAAGAGAGAGUUCUCAAUGCCAUCUUGCUUUGGUGCUUACAAGCAAGAGAACUGCAUGGAUGGGAAACAGUAAAUGAAUUGAUGGUAAAUUCAACACCUGAGAUCCUUUUCGGAGAGAGACUUACGUCUCUAAAUGAAUUUCUGCAUGUUGUGCGGUUCCCUUUACUUCCACUUGAUUUGCUGAAUAAGUUUGAACGGAGUAGCCUUAGCCAGCAGAUUCCCACUUUUGACCAUCUGGUUAAAGAGGCCAUAAGAUUUCUGGAAUUUGGGGUCAACGAUUUUCAAGGAAGCCAGAGAUUUCAGCAUAGAAAAUCAAGUUUUAAGGAGCUGCUCUACAUAUGCGAUGGAGACAGCAACGGGGUCCUUUAUUUUGCUGGCACAUCAUACGGGAAACACCAGUGGGUAAAUCCUGUUUUGUCCAAGAGAGUUAUUAUCACUGCAAGUAGCCCAAUUUCAAGAUGCACCGAUCCUAAGGUGUUGGUAUCGAGGAACUUCCAGGGUACAUCUGUUGCUGGACCUCAGAUGGAAGGCGGAAGAAACAAUUCGUGGUGGAUGGUUGAUAUUGGUACGGAUCACCAGCUCAUGUGCAACUACUACACAUUAAGACAGGACGGAUCAAGAUCAUUUAUCAGACGCUGGAACUUACAGGGCUCUUUGGAUGGGAAAAGUUGGACAAACCUUAGAGUACAUGAAAAUGAUCAAACUAUUUGCAAGCCAGGUCAAUUUGCAUCAUGGCCUAUUACUGGUCCAAAUGCAUUACUUCCUUUCAGAUUCUUUCGAGUUCUCAUGACCGCUCCUACUACAGACGAUACAAACCCAUGGAACUGUUGCAUCUGCUUCUUAGAACUCUAUGGCUAUUUUCGUUAGCUUGCUAUCAGUUUGAACAUAGUUUUUUUGUCAUAUACAGUCAAAAUGUUGUAUGGUUUUGGUAUUCCUCAAUGAUGUUUUACAGUGUUAUGAUAUCAUUUGUACUUCUGUUAGGUGAUUAAAAAUGUUUCUUUGCCAUAGUCGAUUGACCUCGUAGCGUGCCAUGGAUAAUUGUUUGCAGUUUUUGGAAACUAUGGUGAAAGUUUUUUUCUUGCUUAUUACAUUAAACAGAAACCAGAGGAUUUGUUGAA